AUGGCACAGAAGGAAUCUGAUCCUUUAUUACCAAUGAAAAAUGAGAGAGACCUUGAAGCUGCUUUUUCCUCAGUGGAUGGGACAUAUGAGUCAUUGACACUGCAAGAUUUAGAUUCUGAAACUGACAAAACUGGCGUGAUAGUAGAUGCCUUUUUGGAGGUACCGCAGGGGAGACACCUGGGACUUUUCUCAACGAUGGUGCUUUUUGUAUCUCGAAUAGUCGGAUCAGGAAUAUUUGCUACUCCCAGCGCAAUAUACGUGAACUGUGGCGGAAACAAGCUGCUGUAUUUUGGCAUAUGGGUACUGGCUGCUUUACUAGCAUUUGCAGGGCUAUUCCUGUAUUUAGAAUAUGGAUCGUUUUUACCGAGGUCUGGUGGUCGCAAGAAUUUCUUGGAACAGACCUACACGAGACCGAGGUUGAUGAUGAGUGUCACUUUUGCAUGCUACACGGUACUGACAGGCUUUACAAUGUCCAAUGCGAUCGUAUUUGGCAAAUAUUUUUUGUGUGCCAUUGGGCUCAGUGACGUCUCGCAAAACAACAAUUCUAAUGCUUCAAAGUUCAUUAGUAUUGCUGUCGUAUUAUUAGGAAUUAGUAUUCAUGGCACAUCAGUACGGUUUGGUGUAAAAAUUCAAAAUUUUCUAGGCGGCAUGAAGUUCAUUCUGAUAGGAAUGAUGUGCCUCAUUGGCGUUUAUUCGCUAACAAUUUGGCAAUCAGAUGCCAAUGAAGUUACUUCUAUCCCAGCCUAUGCCUUCCAAGAUGGUGCCGUCGUUUCGGCUUCAUCCGUGGCCACAGCGUUCAUAAGUACCUUCUUUUGUUUUACUGGUUGGGAUAGCGUGCAUUCUGUCGCGUCUGAAAUUAAAAAUCCUACCAGAACACUCAAAAUAGCCGGCCCUCUUUCACUUUUUAUUUGUUUCGUUUGCUAUACUAUGAUGAACAUUGCUUAUUUUAAAGUGUUGACAUACGAUGAAAUUAGACAAGCUGGUCCUUUGGUCGGUAGUGUCCUUUUCACUAAACUAUUCGGUGUUAAUUUUGGUGGUAGAUUACUUUCUUUCUCAGUUGCGUUGUCUACGCUGUCAAAUAUUAUGGUUGUCCUUUAUGGAGUAUCAAGAAUGAACCAAGAAGUUUUCAGAGAGGGUUAUCUACCCUUUUCAAUUCCUUUGGCAAGUAACUGGCCAUGGGGGUCUCCAUUACCAUCUUUACUAUUGUGCGGUCUUUUGUCAGUCACCUGGUUAGUAAUCUUGCCUCCUGGUGGAUCGUCGUUCGACUACCUUGUGUCUAUGGAGGGUUAUGGUAGUCAAUUUUUCCUGCUAUUGGUAGCUAUUGGAAUUUUUAUUUACAGAAAAAAACACAGGGAUCAAAAGCCAUCUACGAGGGCCUCUUCAGUUGGAGUCUUGAGCAUCAUUCUCGUUUCUAUUUAUUUGAUGGUUGCACCAUUUUUUGGCAACCAGGAUGCCAAUAAAACUGGCUUUUUGCCACCAUACCAAGUCACUGCAUUAGCACUUAUUGGUAUUUGUAUCCUGUAUUGGCUGAUAAAAUUCUAUACAUUACCAAAAAUUUUCAAGUACGAGUUAAUACCUCGUAUCGUGGUCCUUGAUGAUGGAUUGGUUGUCACAAAAUGGAUAAGGAGUUAUGUGGCCUGA